GCCCCCGCCCGCCCUCCCUGCUCAGCUGCCGCCGCUGGUGCUGCGCUCCGGGCCCGGUGCCGUCUUCCCUCCGCUUCCCCUUUCCCUCGGCUCCGCUCGAGCCUGAAGCGGGCGCCGCGAUGGCUCCGGCCGCCGACCGGGAGGGUUACUGGGGCCCGCCGACCUCCACCCUGGAGUGGUGCGAGGAGAACUACGCCGUGUCCUCCUACAUCGCCGAGUUCUGGAACACAGUGAGUAACCUGAUUUUCAUUCUACCUCCAAUCUAUGGUGCGAUUCAGACCUAUAAAGAUGGCCUUGAAAAACGGUAUUUAGCUGCAUAUUUGUGUCUUACAGCUGUGGGAUUGGGAUCUUGGUGCUUCCACAUGACCCUGAAGUAUGAAAUGCAGCUGUUGGAUGAACUGCCAAUGAUAUACAGUUGUUGUGUGUUUGUCUACUGCCUAUACGAAUGUUUCAAGUACAAGAACACAGUCAAUUAUCCGCUGCUUUUCUUUUUAAUAACAUACAGCUUUGUAGUAAGCAUAGUUUACUUAAAUUUGAAAGAGCCUGUAUUCCAUCAGGUCAUGUAUGGAACGCUAGUUUCUAUUAUAGUUCUACGAUCUGUUUAUAUAGUAUUAUGGGUAUACCCAUGGCUUAGAGGUCUAGGCUAUACGUCUUUAACUGUAUUUUUAAUGGGAUUUUUUCUCUGGAAUGUGGACAACAUUUUCUGUGAUAAAUUGAGAGCACUACGAGAGAAGAUGCCUCCUGUGGUGGGAGCUGUGACACAGUUUCAUGCAUGGUGGCAUAUUCUCACAGGCCUGGGUUCUUACCUUCACAUCCUGCUAAGUUUAUACACAAGGACACUUUUCCUGAAACACAGGCCAAAGGUGAAGUUUGUUUUUGGAAUAUGGCCUGUUCUUCUUGUGGAGCCACCCAAGAAGCUUUGACUGAGCCCUGGACAGUCGCAUGAGAUCACCUAGCCUGGCUGAAUAAAGCAUUUCAACAGUUACUAUGGCUGAAGUGUCAAAAUUGUGGAUCAAUCCAAGUACCAUUGCUAUAAAAGGACUUCUCUGUAUUACUGGGCCAGUCGGCCGGAACAGAGCAAAGAGUUGGCACACUAGGGAAAUAGAGUUUAGUACAGCUUUAUUCUAAGUUGUUAAAACAAAGAUUAAGACACAAUAUUUUUAUGUAUAUAUUGUAUAGCUGAUGAUAUUGAAGUAAUAUUUCGUGCUGGUCACAGAAAUCUAACCAUUUUCGAAGUGGAUUGCAUACUUUUUUUCAUUCAGUUUUUGUUCUUUCUGUGGUUUAAACUAAUAUUAGUAACUGAAUGACAAAGCUAGGCCAUUGAUGACCAAGCUAAGCAUUUGUGGCCUAUAGUGAACUGAAUGCUUAACCUGAACUACUUUAAUCUUGCACUUUUAUACAAUUAAUGAAGUAUGUAAUGGUUGAUUUAGGGCUUUAUUCUAUCUUGCUUUUCCACAGCCUCCGUUACAAUUUAUAUUUUAAGCAAAAUGGUUGUGAUACCUGUGCCAUUUAGUUCAUUUUGUACCAAGCUUCUAUUUUCUCUUUAGUCUGACUGAGAGGUUCAUCAUGGAGGAUGUUCCAGGGUGUGACCAGCUGAAGACACUGAAAUGGUGAAGCCUUAUAGGGAUUCUUUUUUGUGUCUGGAAACUGAAUUCCUGAUUUGUUUGACCAGUGAUUCAUCAGGAAACUGUAGAGUGACUGUAGAAACAUAAGAAACACUCUUUUUUAUUUUUUUAUAAUUAUUACUUACAUACCUCCUUUUCUAUCCCUGCUUUUUACUUCCCAUUUUCCAUUCAUACAGAUUGACAAACACCUUAGAGGCGUGCUAGUUCAGCUCUGAAUUCAUCUUCCCUGUAUUUUACAAGUCUUAAAUAUUGGUCUGACUUUCAGAACCAUCUUCUUAUUCAGAAAUGUUGAAGAAGGAGUAAAGAACAAGAUUGAGGUUGAGGAUACCCCAAAUAUAAGUGGCAGCACUUGGCUUGCUCUUAAUCUGUCUGUCACAUGGUUACUCUGUGGAAAGUUGACCACCUUUCUAAAACCAAACUUUAGGGAUUAAUGGGGGGGACAAACCCUCUGCUUUCUGCAGUUUUCAUUUACCCAGCUGGUGAAAGUUAAGAAGUCAAUGUAAAGGAAACAUUAAACUAACACAGUUUUUCAAAAUAUACCUCAUAUGAAGGCUGUGGUUUUGAUUGUCUUGGUUUUGGGGCAACUAACAUAGUCUGUCUCUGUGCCUACUUGCUGCCGUGCUAUGCAAUUUUUGUCUGCUUUUGAUGCUCUGAGGGAUUUAAAAAAGGGAAAUGCUCGGACUGAUGGGAAAUCCCAUUCUAUAUUGGUUUGAAGUGUGCCCACAGCAGCAAGGCACGAUAAUGCAGCUGUAAAGCUGUCUCCCAGAUCUCAAAGUCCUGACUGUUGUACAAUCAGCGUGGCUGAAAUGGUCUCCUUCCUUUACUGUCUUUUUCUCUGUUUGCAGUUUAUCUGCAUCUUUCAUAUCCAUCAGUAACACUCCUACUGAUGUGACUCUCCAGAUAAAAAUAUGGCUUUUGUUAUGUGACUGACCCUGGACUCUUGGGAUCAAAUAGUCCCAGACUUGGGGCUGGGAAAAGAUACUUAACCUUGAGUGAGUUCAGUGAGCACUCACUGACAUGCUGAUAGCAGUGCAUUUCAACUUGUAAACCACUAUAAAGGCACCUGAGGGUUAAUUUUAGAGCAGAUUUGGUGUCAGUAGGCUCCA